AUGGCCCAAGAGCUCUCGCCAAUUCAUGUACCGACUGUACCUACUCUGGGUAUGUACCUAGACAUCACGAGAAGUAACCACAUAUGUCUCUACUUAUACAGGCUUACCACAAACCUGUUUGCGACUGAUACGGAUGGUGUUUCAACUAUCAAGCCAAGCUUGGGGGAAACGCUUAGAUCUAGUUUGGGAAAGCGGAUUAAAGUUUGGAAUACGAUACAAUACGGCUGGGACGUGGAAUUGGUUAUCGGAAUCAACUACACAGUUGCCUCCUUCCCCCUUCCUCGAUAUUCUCCUAAGAAGAAUCCGGCAAUCGUUUACAGCACUCAAUCCUUGGAGCCCAUGUGCUCUUUUGUCAUGCCAAAAAUCUUGUCUACCCUGCUAACCUGGGGAGAAGGAGGUGUAGCUGUGCCUUUCGUGAGUGGUGUCAAAAAGUUGGGGGCGUUGUAUGUUGCACAAAAAAAACGAUAG